UUGACAGGAGCUGUAUGAGAAAUGCAAUAAAGAAAUGGUGGGGUGUAUCACAGGACACGUCACAGUGCUGAAGGUGGCAAAAGUUCAAAGAACAAAGAAGCCAAGGACAGAGACAGAGGGACGCUGCCACGCUGAGAUGUUUAAAAGAACUUUGGCUUCAGUGUUUAAGCCUUGCUGAGAUCUUCUGAGGCUCUAGAACAGGAGACAAGAACCAGAGAGAAAGACCUGCGUGAUACUGACUCUUCUGACAGCACCAUCACAGUGAGCACUUCAGAAGCGUGUCGGGUUCAGAGGAGGGAAACGGGCCAUACAUGAGGCGCUGACAUCAAGAAGUUCAGUACAGACCAAAAAACGUAAAAAGUGAGAGAAGUCACACUGCUCUUACCUCAGCAUUGGAGACAUGGAGGAUAAAUGGAUGUUGAGAGCCGUGUUUGUUCUGGCUCUCUGUCUCACCAGAAAUCUCACAUCAGGACACGGUGACAGAACUUCUCUGGAUUCUAACAAAACACCACACAGCCCUGAUUCUACAACAGUAAGGCUUGAAGGUUUCAGGAAUGAGAGCUUUGAAGUGGACAGCAGGGUCACUUUACUCUGCACCAACCCAAAUAUAGCAUGGAGUGAGAUGAUUUAUGUCAUCUGGAAAAUCAGCUCACAAGAGAAGAACUGCAGCAUUGCUGUGGCCAGAAAUGACUUAAAUGUUGACACGUGCCAAGAUGGAAAGAAGAUUAAUAUUAGUAAAGGUGGAGACUACAGUCUGAUCAUCCCUCACUUUUCCAUUAAAGAUGAAGGAAAUUACACCUGUGAUGUGUCCUACCAUGCGGGGGGCUAUGUGGAAUCAAUUUAUGUGUCUGCAUGGGUUCAUCCAGUCAUGACUGGUAGGCUGGAAACUAAAGGUGGCCACACUUUUGCCAUCUGUGAAGUUCAGAGUUUACCAGCAGCUUCCAUCCACUGGGAAACUCCAUGGAACUCCUCUUCACCUGAUACACACUCAUCCAGAGAUGCUAGCAGAGUUUUCACAGUGACCAGCUGGUUACAGCUGCCUAAGAAUGCCCUUCACAGAAACCUGACCUGUGUGGUCAUUGCCAGCCACUCCAAGUGGCCAGAGACUCGAUUAACCAUCUCAACGUGCAAAGACACUGUUGAAUGUCCUUCUGUUCUUCUGGGUGUUUGGGCCACCUGGAUCAUCAUAAAGCUUCUGACUGGCCUGUACAUCAUGCACAAAACUCUCAGACAGUUUAGGUAGGAUACUUGAG